UGCAUCGGUGCGGCGGCCCGUCCUGGGCGCGCCUCCGGGCGGCCGAGGCGGGGACCGGGGCGGCUCCUUCUGCGACGCGCCUACCCACAGGCCAAUCGGGGCAGCAGGCGGCGCGCGGCUGCGCGGGACGCAGGCCGGGGGGAUAAGAGGCCAGCCUGGCCAGGCAGUGGACCCUGGAGGAUGAGGCGGAGCAGGAGCGAGAACGGCGGCGGCGACACCGGAGCCUGAGCUCCACCGCGGACGACGAGGUGGCCCGGCCAGCCCGGGACGGAGACCCGGCGGCCCCAGAGAGACUGCCGAGCGUGGAGGAGAUGGAGGUCCCCCCCCGACCACCCCUAGACUCCAGAGGUGAGGACGAGGACGUGUGGGCCAUCCUCAGGGCACGGCAGGAGCGGAGGCAGAGGCAGCGGGAGGUGGAGGUCGCACAGGCCCCCGUCCGGGAGCAGCUGGAGGCAGAGGAGGAGGACGGCGUGGGCACCGGGCAGGCCAGGCAGCCGCCCCUGGUGCCCGAGAAGGAGCUGAAGCUGCUGCCUCGCCGGAGACUGAGCCGGGAGCAGCGGAGCUCCUGGGUCCAGGAGGAGGAGAGCUUGGCGGGCAGGGAGCCGGGAUGCAGCAGGAAGGGGGGCUCAGAGAAGCCCUCUGCCCCAGAGAAGACAUUAGCGCCCCAAAAGAGCCUGGACUCCAAGGAAAUCUCCGCCUCCGAGAAGAACCCCAGCCCUGAGAAAGUGCCUGUGUCCCAGAAGAUCGCAGUGUUGGAGAAAAGAACCAUCUCGGGAAAGAGGUUGGUUCUGGAAAAAACAAGUGUCUUGGAGAAGCUGCCGUCCCCAGGGAAGACGUCGGACUCAGAAAAGAGACUGACGUCUGAGAAAGCAGCAGUCUUUGAGAAGACCCCGGCCCCUGAGACGCAGCUGGCCCCAGUGAGGGCGGCGGCCCCAGGGCAGCCCCAGGCCCAGGAGCGGCCAGCCUCUGCGGAGAGCCCGUCCACCCGCAAGGGGCAGGGGAGGGCCGGCCCCGAGCAGGAGCCCCCGUCCUCGGCGGGGCUGCGGGAGCAGGGGUCAGGGCGUCCGGCUGUGACUUGCCGCCUCCCACCCAUCACUCUCCAGAUGAAAAUCGCCAGCAAGGAGGACGAGGCGGACGCACUCUCGCCCACCCAGGCCACCUACAGCAGCUCGCUGAAGCGCUCCAGCCCCAGGACCAUCUCCUUCCGGAUGAGCCCCGGGAGAGACCACUCAGUGGCAGCCUUAACCCGCAGCACCAGCACAAGGCUCCCGGCCAGCUCGUUCACACUGGGCCAGAAGCUGGAGAGAUACCACACAGCUGUACAGAGAUCAGAGUCAGUCAGGUCUCCGGGCCCCUCCCGCCCUGAGUUCUUGGUGGCUCCCGUGGACGUCGCCAGCAAGCGCCACCUCUUUGAGAAGGAGCUGGUGGGUCAGGGCCGAGAAGGACCAGCCUCCAGCCGGCAGCUCUCUUUUCAGGAGAACUUGCGGCUCUCGGGGGUUGUGACAUCGAGGCUCAACCUGUGGAUCAGCAGGACCCAGGAGUCGGGAGAUCAGGACCCGCAGGAAGUGCAGAAGGAUGCCCGCCACCAGGAGGGGCAGAAGGAGUCAGCGGCCGCCAAGAGGAUCCAGUGGAGGAAGAAAGCAGACCCCUCCCUGGGUGCCGAGGUGUGAGGACCCUUGUCUCGAGGCUCAGCAGGUACACCUCUGUCUCAUCACCCCGCUCCCUUUCUGCCUCGGACCUGGGACCAGGAACGUCGGGGCGACUCAGCCAGCUCCUUCCCUGCCCAGCCUCCGGGGCAGGUGUGCCUGGCCCCUUGUCCUGCUGUGGGCACAGCGGAUCCUGGGCCCCAGCGCCAGCCUGGGCACAGCACGACUCCCGUCCGCACCUCAGGCCUCGGGGUCCUGUCCAGAGACAGCUGCUCCCUUCCAGGGUCAGGGGCGCCGUCCUGCAAGAAGCCUAGGGUCCCUGCCUGGUCUGAGCCAGCAGGUGUCUCCGUGUACCUCUCAGAGGCCGGGCCACCCACUUUGGCCAGGCUGGAAGAGUCGCACUGUCCUCCUUGGCCCCGUCCCCUGCUUUGUUCUCCCUCACGUCCCCACCUGCUGCUCUGGCCAAGCCGUCCUGUCUCCCCUCCCCCUGUUCUCAGGAAAGAGCUGGUAAACUCAUUCACUCUCA